AUGCUCACCCACCCUUACUCACACACCCUCCCUCCACACUCCCUACUGGAGUCGACACGCCUCCAGGGGCGGGUGAACCUUGUCGCCCUACCAACCAACCUCAACCCCACCCCCUUCGACGUGUGCCCCUGGCAACGCACUAGCACCGCAUCCCACACACCGGCCACGCUACGCCAGCCAGACGUGGACGUGGGCGGAACCUAUCACCCUACCAGCCACCUUGAUAGGCCCGUUGGCCCCACACCCUUCAGCUCGCACCCUGAGUACCAUGCCGAGCAGGUGACGCAGCCCAGCUUUCCACCACUACAGUGCCAGUACGUUUGCCGUAGGGAUACCCAUAUACACAUCUCCUCGCCCUGGGCGCGAACCCACGACAUCCGCUCUGUGAGACAUGAGCUUAGACCACUUCACCGUGCUGCCCCACCUAUUGGAAGCGCGCUAACACUAGCUGUGGUUGUAGCCCGGCUGGCGGUGAUGUUGUCCCGGCUAGCAAUGGUUCAAUCCCGGCUAACGGCGAUGUAUUCCCGGUUUGUGGUGUUUAUAACCCGGCUGGCGGUGGUGUUAUCCCGGUUAGCUGUGAUUACCGCCCGGCUAGGCCACAGAAUGGUUGAUAAAGAAUCAUUCAAGUCCAGUCCAAGAAGAGGUGCUCCCAGCUUCUAUAAUCGAUCUGAGUAUGAGGGAAAGAAGCAUCUCUCUGGUCCUCAGAUCCACCUGGUAGAUGAUGAUGGUGUAGAUCCUGCUGGUCCAACUGGUGCAAUGACACAUUCAUUUGCUACUGAAGGCCAUAGGAUGAGAGAAGGUUUACUCCCUCAAGAAUAUGACAAACUCAGAGGUGGCAGGGCUUCAUUCCUCAAACUGAAAGAAAGCUUGGAACUUGAUUCUGGGAACAUCCUUGUGGAAGAUGAGGAUGAAGGCUCAGAUGGUGACCCUGAUGUCCUCUCUCUUCCUGGCAUGUCACCUACUGAUAGUGUUCUCUCAGUUGAAGAGAUCCCUGUGGACGAGAGCACAAACUUCAAGACUUCAAACACAAGGGCAAAGAUAGAAGUUUGGCAAAGUGACUGGCACAAGAAUCAUAUGGCAGCAAUAAGCAGUGAGAAGUUUGACAACCUCCUGAAGAUGUGUCGUGAUUUCCAGGGUUGUAAGACCAACAUGGCAGCAUUUGUCUUGAUAAGAGAAGUUUUGGAUACAGCAGGUAACCCAUGUGAGCAUUACCAGGUGGUGGCAGUGGGAGCCGGGAAUUCCAGCUGCCACACAUGGCUGCGCUACAACGGUACAAUGGUCCAUGACUGCCAUUCGAUUGUUAUCGCCAGACGAGCUCUCCUUAGGUUUCUGUACAAACAGCUUCUGCUGUUCUUCGAUCCUGAUGCAAAGGCCAAGGAGAAGUGCAUUUUCCAGAACAACGCAGAAAGCCACCUGCUUGAACUCAAACCCCAGAUCAGCCUCCAUCUCUACACCAAUGAGCCUCCUGAAGGAGCAGCUAAAAACUUCUACUUUAAAGAAAGUAACACCUGGACCUCCAUAAAGCUGCAGUGUCAUGCUAAAGGCCUGCUCAUCCCGGUGGCCUACCUGGACCCGAGUCUGUGGGCUGCCAGAGUCUGCUGUAUGUCUGCCAGUGACAAACUGUGUCGCUGGACCGUCACUGGGGUCCAGGGAGCUUUACUGAGCCACUUCAUUCAGCCACUCUACAUCACCAGCAUGGCACUCGGUGGCCUGAAGCUUCCAAAUGAAGAUGUGUCUAAUAUCAUUAACAAGCGAUUGGACGAUGGAUGGGAGGAGCUACUGCCUCUAUACUACAAGAAACACAAUAUCGUCUUACUCUGUGGAGAUCACCUGGGACCUGUUGAAGCCACAUCCCAGAACAAUGAGCUCAGCAUUAACUGGAGUCUCGGAGACCAGGACAUUGAAGUUCUGGACAGUGGCAAAGGCGUUGUCGUUGAGGGCUCCCCAUAUGUGAGUGGACCAGGAUUCUCCAGCAGACUUUGUAAGAGAGCCCUCUACAGUUAUUUCUGCAAAGUUGCGCAGUUGGGUGGCCACAGCUAUCUGCUGGAUCUUUCCACUUACCACAGUGUCAAGGUGGAAGCGUGUGUGUAUCAGACAGUCAAAGAUCUGGUCAACAAAGAGUUUCUGAGCAAUGACGCAGGAGCCUGGAAAUCCAAAAAGCUGGUGGACAGCUUCAGUGCCUGAACAACCUCAGGAGCAGGCUAUAUAAAGCUUGAUUCAAGUUCUUUAAGAGUUUAUUUACUGUUACUUUCGCACUUCACUAAUUACCCCAGACAGUAAUUUUUAUUUGGUUUUAUGUAAAAUAUUGGUGUUCUCAGUUUGUGUAGGUGUUAGAGAAAAAUAAAUGUGACCCUACUGCUUUGCACUGCAGUGAAAUAGUCAUCCUGAAUGAGUGGUGGGUGGAAACACAUUGCUUAGGGAACAUCUGCACUGUCAAGUAGAAGUGAACAACAUUAUCACCUAAUCUGCAGCCAAAAGCUCAUGUUGAUUACAGAGCACAGUGUUGACUUAAUGUGCUGGUAUGAAGAGGGCAGAAAUAAAACGUGGUGGCAUCAGGUAGGUUUUUUUUUUUUUUUUUUUUUUUUUUU